AUGGAAGACACCCAAAACCCCAUGGAUCUGAAGGCGGUGGCCGCAUCUCUGGAAAAAGCUAUAGCCAAAGUAUUCCCAACGGCCUCUGAUCCUGUCAAGCCGGCCCCAAAGUGCUUCCAAGCCAGAGACGACUCAGACGAGUCAUAUGAUGCCUCCAGAGAGAGAGCACACCUGGCAAAACGCCAUUGGAAGGGUGAGGGCUCAAGGAAGGUCCCUGAUAAGCGCAAUAAGCGCCCAACAAUGACCACCCCUCCUCCUAUUCCAGAUGAUUCCUCGGAUGUGGAAAGAGAGGUACACAAUUGGGGCUCCAACGUCUAA